AUGCCAUCCCAAAUCCUGUUCCUGCCGGAAGUCCUUUCACCCACGGAAAAGCGAGUGUGGGUGCAGGCCUUUGUCUGUUUUCAAAGAAGCUUUGAGGCAACUUCCAUUGUUAUCACCUUCCAGCUUAUCACUCCAUCCAGGGAGAAGUUGCCUUUCUGCUUUGAAGAAAUGGCAAUCCCUGUUUGGGACAGAAGCAGAUUGUUUUUCUUCCUCCUGUUCCUGUUUCCAACAAUGAUGCCAGCCAUACAGUAUCCUAAAACCUUGCCCUGUGAUGUGAGUGUUAAUGCUUCGGAAGAUCUUCUGAUAGUGGACUGCAGAGACCGUCGCCUUGCCACUUUCCCGGAAGGUAUCCCUCCCAACACUACCAACCUGACACUUUCCAUCAACCAUAUUAAGGACAUUAAGCAAGCUAACUUUGAGCACCUUGAGAAGCUUGUGGAGGUUGACUUCAGGUGCAACUGUAUGCCGGUCACAAUGGGGCCAAAGGAUCACAUCUGUGACAAGAGUCUGAAUGUCCAACGUGGCACUUUUGAAAAACUCACCCAGUUGAAAUCACUGUACUUGGAUGGAAAUCAACUCUCAGAAAUCCCCCGGGGUCUACCUCAAAAUUUACGUCUACUGAGUCUUGAAGCCAACAGCAUCGUUUCCAUCAGCAGAGAAAAUCUAGAGGAACUUGGGAAUGUAGAAAUCCUCCUUCUUGGGAAGAACUGCUAUUUCCGCAACCCUUGCUAUGUGGCUUUUGAUGUUAACAAUACUGCUUUCCAGGACCUGAAAAAAUUAACGGUGUUGUCAUUGAAAGCCAAUAACUUAACCAGCAUCCCACAGAACCUGCCACACAGUUUAAAGAAACUGUACAUUCAUGAUAAUCGUAUUGAAAAUAUCAGUGAGCAUGACCUAAACUAUCUUCAUAAUUUGGAGGUUCUUGACUUAAGUGGUAACUGCCCUCGCUGUCACAAUGCUCCGUAUCCUUGUGAUCCAUGUUUGGGUAACAAAAGUCUUCUUAUCAGUCCCUCAGCUUUUGCCUCUUUAAAGCAAUUAAAACAUCUGAGACUACACAGCACUUCUCUCCGUAAAGUGGACCCUAUGUGGUUUGAAAAUACCAGAAAUCUUGAAGUGCUUGACCUUUCACAAAAUUAUUUGGCUAAAGAAAUUGAAGAAGCCGAGUUUCUGAAUUUCCUUCCUAAUCUCUUAGACCUAGAUUUGUCUUUCAAUUAUGAACUGCAACAAUACUUUCCAUAUUUGAAUCUGUCACCCACAUUUUCUAAGCUCACUAAGCUUAAAUACUUGAGACUGAGGGGUUAUGUUUUUAAAACACUGGAUUGGGACGCUGUAGGCUCUUUGAGAAAUCUCACUCAGCUGGACUUUGGAACUAAUUUUAUUAGGAAUGCUAACUUUAAGAGGUUUACAGACUUCCCAGCUCUUCAAGUCAUAAACCUUUCCUUCAAUAGAAUAUCUCCCUCUUCAGAUGGAUUCAGUGAGGUUCCAUUUUACUCUAGUCAUGUGCCUUUAUCUGAUCAAUAUAAAGAGAUGCAUUAUUUCAUAUAUGAUGAAUAUAGCCGCAGUUGCAAUUCUAAAGACCGAGAGAUGUCUCCUUCCUUACCACAUGGCAUUGAACCUUCUUGUACUAAUUAUGGCAAAACACUGGAUUUAAGCAGAAAUAACAUGUUUUUUAUUAACCCCUCUGAUUUCGAGACCUUUUCUUCUUUUAAGUGUCUUAACCUGUCAGGCAACGCCAUGAGUCAAACCUUAUAUGGAAAAGAAUUCCGCUUUUUGUCUGGCUUGAAGUACCUGGAUUUCUCUAACAAUCGAGUGGAUUUACUAUCCCGAAAUGCCUUUCAAGAGCUGAAAGAACUAGAAAUCCUAGAUCUUAGUGAUAACAAGUAUUAUUUUCAGGCAGAAGGUGUCACUCACAUGUUGAAUUUUACCGGUAAUUUGACAUCUUUGAACAAGCUGAUCCUGAAUGGGAAUGAGAUUUUUACUUCUGCUGACAAAGGGAUGGCAAGCCGUUCCAUCGAAACGUUGGAAUUUAGAAAGAAUCGCUUGGAUAUCUUGUGGAAGGAUGGAACUGAUGAAUACUUUAAAUUCUUCAAUGAGCUGACGCGUCUGGAGAAUCUUGACAUCUCUGACAACUCCCUGAGUUAUAUACCUGAGAAGGUAUUUGAUGGUCUGCCUUCACAGCUCCAGAAGCUGAAUCUGAGCAAUAAUAAACUGAAGACGUUUAGUUGGCAGAAACUUCAAGUUCUGAAGAACCUGAAAAUCCUGGAUCUUAGCAAUAACCAGUUGACUUCUGUCCCCCCUGAGCUUUCCAACUGCUCUGGAACCCUUCAGAGACUCAUAUUGCGACACAACAGGAUCAAAAAGCUGACGGACAAUUUUCUCCGAGGUGCUUUCCAGCUGAGACACUUGGACCUCAGUUUUAACAGGAUCAGAAUAAUCAGGGACUCUAGCUUCCCACAGAAUGUGGUCAACAACCUAAACCAGCUACUUCUGAAUGGCAAUCCUUUCAAAUGUGAUUGUGAUAUUGUGUGGCUGGCCUGGUGGAUGAACAGAACGAAUGUGACUAUUCCACGGCUGGCAACAGAUGUGACCUGUGCAGGCCCAGGUGCAUGGAAAGGUAAGGGUGUGGUUUUAUUACAUUUGGAUUCUUGUGAACUGGACUACACUCAGAUCCUGUACUGUGUGUCAGCCUCCAUAAUUAUGUCUCUGAUGACGCUUGCAGUUACCAGCCACCUAUAUUUCUGGGAUGUGUGGUAUAUCUACCAUUUGUGCACAGCCAAGCUAAAAGGAUAUAACCGUCAUUUUUACCAUUUCUGCACAGCCAAGCUAAAAGGAUAUAAGCCUGUUUUUUCAUCGAAAGUUCUGUACGAUGCUUUUGUUGCUUAUGAUAUAAAAGACGAAGCAGUAAAUGAAUGGGUCCUGAAAGAAUUAGUUGAAAAACUGGAAAAUGAGCAGGAGAAACGAUUCAAUUUGUGCUUGGAAGAAAGAGACUGGCUACCGGGACAGCCAGUUUUGGAUAACCUUUCAGAGAGCAUAGAAAUGAGCAGGAAAACUGUAUUUGUGCUGACAAACAGGUACAUUGCUUGUGGCAACUUCAGAACAGCCUUUUACCUGGCACACCAACGGCUCAUGGACGAAAAAGUAGAUGUAAUUAUCUUGAUAUUUCUUGAAAAGGUUUUACAAAAGUCAAAAUAUCUCCGUCUCCGGAAGCGACUGUGUAGUAGGUCUGUACUUGAAUGGCCGGCAAAUCCUCAGUCUCAGCGUUAUUUCUGGCAUUGCCUUAAAAAUGUAUUAGCAGUAAACAAUGAUGUGAGCUAUAACAUUCUUUUUAAAGAAAUGGUAUAG